AUGGCUGCCCUUGCUUCCAAGCAGCAGUCGCUGAAGAUCUUUGAGAAACUGAAGACCAAGCCUGCAAACAAGAUCUGCUUCGACUGCGGCGCCAAGUACCCAACCUGGACAUCAGUCCCCUUUGGCAUCUACCUCUGCCUUGACUGCUCAUCCAACCACCGAAACCUUGGUGUCCACAUCUCCUUCGUCCGAUCCACCAACCUCGACCAAUGGCAAUGGGAUCAGCUGCGCUUGAUGAAGGUCGGCGGCAAUGAGUCGGCCACCAAGUUCUUCCAGCAAAACGGAGGAACCGCCGCUCUUAACAGCAAGGACCCCAAGACCAAGUACCAAUCCAAUGCUGCGACCAAGUACAAGGACGAGUUGAAGCGCCGCGCGGCAAGGGACGCUCAAGAGUACGCUAGAUACCCUGGCGAGGUUGUUAUCAACGAUGCUCCCGAUGCCGACACCUCGACCCCCGCUGGCGAGCCCGACGAUGAUUUUUUCUCCUCCUGGGACAAGCCGUCCAUCAAGAAGCCCACCCCUCCCAUUUCUCGCACAGCAACCCCUCCGACUGUCGGCCGAACCCCUUCCCCCUUCCUCAAUACCAACAAUGGCGCCGGCAAGGACAUUGCUCGAUCUUCCUCGCCUCUGGCUAAGACCGAAGCCGACAACAAGCCUGCUGCCAGCCGCAUAACCACCUCUGCCGCCCUUCGCAAGACGACCGCCACUGGCGCUCCUCGCAAGGCCAACAUCCUCGGUGCCAAGAAGGCACCCAAGCUUGGCGUUAAGAAGGUCACUAGUGACAUUAUCGACUUCGACGAGGCUGAGAAAAAAGCCAAGGAGGAGGCCGAACGCAUCGCAAAGCUGGGCUACGACCCUGAGGCUGAGGAGGAGAGGAAGGCUGCUACCAAGGCGGACUCCGUCGCAGCUCCUACCCCUGCCAGCCCCCAGGGCGGCUACGGAUCCUCCAGCCACACCCGCCAGAAGUCUAACGCAGAGGUGGAGCGCCUGGGCAUGGGUGUCUCCAGACUGGGCUUUGGUCAGGUUGGUGGACCCAAGGGCGCGGCAGCACCCAAGAAGGUCGGCACCGGGGGCUUCGGCUCCGUUGGACCCAUCAAGGCCAAGACUGAGGAUGACAGUGAGAACUACGCUCGCAGCAAGUUCGGCACCCAGAAGGGUAUCUCCUCUGAUGAGUUCUUCGGCAAGGGUUCGUUCGAUCCCAACGCUCAGGCCGAGGCAAAGGGACGUUUGCAAGGCUUCGAGGGUGCCACCUCAAUCUCGUCCAAUGCAUACUUCGGUCGCCCCGAGGACGAGCCCACGGAAGAAUACGGCGAUCUCGAGGGCGCCGCCAAGGACUUCAUCCGCAGAUUCGGAAUCACGGCUGGCGACGACCUCGAGAACCUCACUCAGCUGGCAGGCGAGGCCAGCCAGAAGCUGCAGGGCGCUAUCCGCGCUUACCUCGGAAGCUGA